GUGCCAAACAUGAACUAAAACACCCAUAAAAAGCCCUGGACCAUUUUCAAGGUUUUCAAAAUGAACUGAUUCCUUUAUCUACUGUAAGAAUAAGAACACAGUCGAAAUUUUCUGCUCUAUCAACAAUGGGUUCAGAUGCUGAUAUGGAGGAUUAUGGGUUCGAGUACUCAGACGAAGAGCCUGAGGAACAGGAUGUUGAUAUUGAGAAUCAAUAUUACAAUUCUAAAGGUUUGGUUGAAACGGACCCAGAAGGAGCACUUGCAGGUUUUGCUGAAGUAGUUAGCAUGGAACCAGAGAAGGCAGAAUGGGGAUUCAAAGCAUUGAAACAAACAGUUAAGCUUUAUUAUCGAUUGGGGAAAUAUAAAGAAAUGAUGGAAGCAUAUAGGGAGAUGCUAACAUACAUCAAAUCAGCAGUGACUCGAAAUUACAGUGAGAAAUGUAUAAACAAUAUCAUGGACUUUGUUUCUGGAUCAGCUAGUCAGAACUUUGGUCUCCUACAAGAGUUUUAUCAGACCACUUUGAAGGCUCUUGAAGAGGCAAAGAAUGAGAGACUUUGGUUCAAGACAAAUCUUAAGCUUUGCAAGAUUUGGUUUGAUAUGGGUGAAUAUGGACGGAUGAGCAAGAUUCUGAAGGAACUCCACAAAUCUUGUCAAAGAGAAGAUGGCACGGAUGAUCAGAAGAAAGGUAGCCAACUUUUGGAAGUCUAUGCAAUUGAGAUUCAAAUGUAUACUGAAACUAAGAAUAACAAAAAGCUCAAGCAAUUAUACCAAAAGGCACUGGCUAUCAAGUCAGCAAUUCCACAUCCAAGGAUCAUGGGAAUAAUCCGUGAAUGUGGAGGGAAGAUGCAUAUGGCAGAGCGUCAAUGGGCUGAGGCAGCGACAGAUUUUUUUGAAGCUUUUAAGAACUAUGAUGAAGCUGGAAACCAGAGACGCAUACAAUGCUUAAAAUACCUAGUUCUAGCUAAUAUGCUGAUGGAAUCUGAAGUAAAUCCAUUUGACGGUCAAGAGGCAAAACCAUAUAAAAAUGACCCUGAGAUUUUGGCGAUGACCAAUCUCAUAGCUGCAUAUCAACGAAAUGAAAUAUUGGAGUUUGAGAAAAUCCUCAAGAGUAACAGAAGGACGAUAAUGGAUGAUCCAUUCAUAAGAAAUUAUAUUGAAGAUUUAUUGAAGAAUGUGAGGACUCAAGUUCUGCUCAAACUUAUUAAACCUUAUACAAGAAUCAGGAUUCCUUUCAUAUCAAAGGAACUCAACGUGCCAGAAAAAGAUGUUGAACAGUUGUUGGUUUCACUUAUAUUGGAUAAUCGCAUUGAUGGACACAUUGAUCAAGUUAACAGGCUGUUAGAGCGUGGUGACAGGUCAAAGGGAAUGAAGAAGUAUACUGCCAUUGAGAAAUGGAACGCACAACUUAGGUCUCUUUAUCAAACUGUCAGCAACCGGGUGUCUUGAGAUUGCAGCGUUGUGUGAUUUCCCUCCAAAUUAGGCACUCUGGUUAUACCAGUAUUUUGGUGGAUUCAAGAGCAAACUUUUCUUCUCUCUUUCGCGAGGCCUGAGUGUUAGAGAAGUUGCUGCUGAGUUUGGUCCAUAAAUGAGUUUUAUGUUUAACAGUUAUUCAUUUUGAAGAAAAAAAAUGUGAGUAGAGAAUGUAUAAAUAUAUAGCUUACUGAUAAUUUUGAAUUUUUGAUACUGAGAAAAUUCAAGUCCUACUGUUUAUUUA